AUGGCGGCCCCAACCCCCGAGGAGAACCCCAACUUCGUUCACACCCGCUCGGGCGUCUCGGCCAUCAUCGAGCGAAAUGGCAUGGUAAUUGUCGGAAAGCGCUUGGGUAGUCAUGGCGCAGGCAAGCUACAAAUGCCCGGCGGACACGUUGAGAAGAACGAGCAUCCCUUCAAGUGCGCAGUGCGAGAGACGUUUGAGGAGACCGGUCUUGUUGUCAAAGCCAUCAAGAAGGGGCCAUGGACAAGUGAUGAGUUCGAGAAGGAGGGGAAGCAUUAUAUUACCACUUUUGUGUGGUGUAAGAUGGAGGAUGAGACUGCUGAGCCUGAGCGAAAGGAGAAGAAUAAGUGCGAAGGGUGGGUGUGGAAGUCGGCGCAGGAGCUCAGAAAUGACAUCAAUCAGGGCAAGGGGUUUAAGCCGCUGGAGAAUCUCCUAGCAGAAGAUGAUGUUGAAAACGGCGUUUUUGAGCAACUUGAAAAGCGUGCUGAGGCCCACGAGAAGUCCGUUAAGCUAGCUAAGAAGGCUAAGCUCGCUGAGCAGACCCAGGUCGAUGAGCAGGCUACAGACGUAGAAGAAGACACUGCGCAGCAGAGCGUCUAG